ACUCUAAACACACCUCUCCAAGGGAUUCUCUCUCCUCUGCAGACUCCGCCGUUCUUCUGACUCUUCUCCGUCCAUUGUUGAAUUCGUCUCGGAUCUGUCUGGAAAUCGGCUCAAAACAAUGGAGAGCGAAUUGAUUGAUUUAUUCGAGGCGGCGAAGAAGGCAGCCGAUUGGGCGGCGGUCGAUGGUGUCUCCUCUACUGGCCCCGAGGUUUCUCGUUGUUUGGAUGCCCUGAAACAACUCAAGAAAUUCCCCGUCACGUACGACAUGCUCGUCGCCACUCAGGUAGGGAAGAAGCUCAGAUCUCUUGCAAAACAUCCCGCUGAGAGAAUCAAACUUUUUGCUAACGAGUUGCUUGAGAUAUGGAAGAAAAUCGUCAUUGAAGAGACGGCAAAGGCUAAGAAAAAUGGGAGCAGGGAAGGUAAGUCUUCUCUGAAACGUGAGGGCGCAAAGGUUGAGAUCGUCAAGGAGGAGAAGGUAGAUAGGAUGAAGAAGGUUGAGAAGUUGUCUAAUUCCCAGACUGUAAAAGUUGAGAAACUAGAGAGGGGUGAUUCGUCCAAGAGAAUGAAGCUAGAGAGAAAGGAAUCGGAUGAUAAAGCCGUCACUGUGAAGAAGCCGUUGAGUACAAGAAGCCCGGCAGCCCAAAGUGCUCUGCCAAAACUGACGUCAAUGGUAAAAAGCAAUGAUCCUGCGAGGGACAAAAUUCGGGAAAUCCUAGUAGAGGCAUUGUCCAAGGUGGCAGGUGAAGCUGAUGAGGACAUGAGAGGAAGAGUAAACGGAUGCGAUCCAAUCCGGGUUGCUGUGUCUGUGGAGACUGUGAUGUUUGAGAAGAUGGGAGGAUCGACAGGUGAUCAGAAACUAAAGUACAGGUCUAUAAUAUUCAACAUGAGGGACCGUAACAACCCAGACUUGAGGAGGAAGGUACUAAUGGGGGAGGUGACACCAGAAAGGCUAAUCAUGAUGACGGCUGAAGAAAUGGCGAGCAACCAGAGGAAACAAGAGAUCAGCCAGAUCAAAGAGAAAGCGCUGUUUGAUUGCGAGAGAGGGGGUGCACCAGAGGCCACGACCGAUCAGUUUAAGUGCGGGAGAUGCGGACAGCGCAAAUGCACGUACUAUCAGAUGCAGACGAGGAGUGCGGAUGAGCCGAUGACGACUUACGUAACAUGUGUUAACUGCAACAACCACUGGAAGUUCUGCUGAUGCCAGAUGGUCUUUGCCAGGACAGUUAACCAGAAACUGUUACUAAAGUUUCGGUGUAGGAUCAUUUGGUAAUUUAGAGAGUAGCUUUUCAGUUUGGUCCAUGUGUUUUGCCCUUCCAAGUGGUUCUUUGUGUGUUAUGUCUUCCUUCUUUAUAAUAAUUUCUUUAAUUAUAUGAAAACAAAUGGAUCUUGCAGCAUACAUUGUACAACAUAAUCUACCGUUGAAAAUACUGUAUGUAGGUUACAUAUACAAAUGUUAAUUUUCCUUGGUGA